CGUUGCUUUUUUUUGUUCCUUUUUUUAGGUGCCGUGGGUGCCGAAAUUCGAACAGAAUGCAUAAACGACGAGAUCCGGCUUAGCAACCCUCAACUUGCUAGUCUUAUCCAGGAAAACUCUUACAAAGAGCUGAUCUGGACUGUUGACGAUCCAGAAAAGCAAGGCCAGGACAAACAAAAGCUCGUGUAUUGUAACGAGUAUUUUAAAUGCCACAAGUAUAACAUCACUGGGAGAUAUCAGCAGAGAAUUGAGACAACAGCUGCCGUGCGGGGUGUGCUUUACAUCAAACAGAAGAAGUUCAACGAUAAACUCACGUACACAUGCCGCGUGAUACAGAAAGGAAACAAGCCUCCGUGUGAUUACACGUUCACAGUCAGAUCUUCAGCAAAUUGUGAGUAAAUCAACGAAUCAUGUGAACCACCCAUUUUUAAAAUCUUAAAAAACAUAGUUAGACAUUAGCCAUGCAUGCAUAAUCUGAAAGUAGACAAUUUAGCUUGGUUUUUAGCUUGGCACUUUUUUUUUCAUAUUGCUCUCACGAGGCCACUGCCGCGGGAAAAAGCCCCAUUUCGUGUAAGAGAAGCGUUAAGAAAAUCAGCCUUAGCUUAGGGCGCAGCUGAGAUGUUCAAUGGGUAGAGGGUGGUGUGGGGGUCACAGUUACGAAUUCCUCCGUCGCUGGGCACUUAACGGGAAAUGGCUUGUAUCUGAAUGGGUGGGCUUGUGUUCUGGCAAAGGGAGUACUGUUACAUAGUUAUGCCAUGUAGGAAAUUGGGCGUUUUCUUGAACCGUAAUCAUAAGACUCAAGAGAUAAUAAAGGGAUUUUCUUGUAAGAUUCGUAAGUUAUUGUGUACUCUUGGCUUAACCGAAAAAAUAACUCACAAAGGGUAUGGGGAAAUCGUGAGCUCGCUAGGACACCCCUGCCACACCGCGUCUUUGAUAAGUUUCCUUUGGGGUGAAUCAUUUACCCAAGUUAGUUUGGAGGAUUGCCCUAACUGCAAAGUUGAUUUGCUUUUCUUUCAAAAUUUCUCCGCCAAAUGUAAACGGGAAGUUACCUUCAGGUUCACGUUAAGGAUUUAUAGUAUUAUAAGCUAAUCUUUCUUUGGUUUUUCCCUCUCAAGGCUUGUCCACGACUGUUGGGAAAAGAAUCGACCUGAGCCGUGCGAUUCAUGAAAAAUGUUCAGAGAAAGACGUGGAAGACAUAACAUGGUACAGGAUCCUUCAGGGUGGUGGAAAGGAAAAAAUUGCGCACUGCAGUCCAUCCAGGGUUUCGUGCUUGCUCAUCAAUUGCACAAGAUCGUGCCCGGAGUAUCUAAGAAGGCUGAAGACGAAUGGAUUAUCAGUCAUCUUGACAAAUGUUACGCCUAAUGACCGUGGUUUGAAAUUCCAGUGCGAGUUACAUCCAGGAAUCCACGGGACACGUCAAGCUUAUACCAUUAAGAUCAAAGAGGUCGCUGUACCCCGAGAAGGUUAGUGCGUGAGACUUACGCGAUUUCAAGGGUGAGUUGUAGGGGUGGGAGGGUGGGAGAGGCGCCAUGUAAGGUUGGUAUGUAUGCUCGCGUAUGCUCAAUGCCAUUAGGGGCCUUGCUCACAAUAAAUGUUGUCGGCCUACAGGUGGUGACAUGUUCCAACUAUCUCCUUCUUUUCCUUUGCGAGUGUUGUAUUUAUGAAAGCUUGGAGAUGAUUAAAUUGUUCCAUGAACACUGAUAACAGCAAGAAACUAAAAUAUAAAAUAGCAAGAGAAUAUACGACCAUUGUGAUGGAUCACCACACAUUGUAAAUGAGGAGCUUGAUAUUUUCUGUUUAAACACUUUUUUGCUACAGGUACACCAACCAGAACCCCAGAAGUAAUCACAGGAGGGUCUUUACAAGAAGAUGAAAGCAACAGGACAAAACACCGACCCACCAUCCCACCUAACGUCACACCAGUAACCUUAAAAUUGACAAAAACACUUUUAUUUCUGUGCUUAAUGUCGGAAAUGUUUACUUUCCCUGGAUAGUAUAUGUAUGGAAGGUGAAUAUACUGCAACAUUUUCGACUUGAAACUGUUGGAUAGAUCUGAUCAAAGGUUCCGUCUUAUCAAGGCACCAGGUGUGGUUAAGGAAUACUCGCUACAGAUUGAAGGGUCCACAAACGAGCCUUUCCACCUGGGAAGUGGAGUUCUUUUGAUCACCAAGAUGUUAUUAUAUGAUGGAACUGCUGUCCAACAAGUAUUUCAUUUUGUUUCGUGUCACAAUUCUACGAAUACAAAUCUUAUGCAGCUUCUUCGCUCACGAACAAUUAUUCACGAACAAUUACUUGCCUGUCGCCAGCCAUAUAAAGAAGAAUUUUGGAUAUUCAGUCCGAAAUAAUUCUUGCCAGAAGAGCACUAUAUUCUUCUUUUUGAGCAUUAAGACGAAAUCGACUGAGGUCUCGAGUAAUGAAGGGACAAAAAGAGGCCCCGUAGGCAGUCUUUAUCAGUUUCUUUUGACUAGAACAUACCGUCAACUUUUGCGUGGCCUGCAGGUUUUUAAUAAUAAAAAUAUAAACAUUUCUUUAUGAAUUGAAGUGUUUUCCGCCUUUCAAGGCAAGUAUUUGUAUCAGACUGACACUUUCCGCGGAUCAGCCUAUCGUCUCGGCUAUUUAAAUAAGAUCAAUCAGUCUAUGUCUGAUGUAAUGAUGAAUAGGGACAAAGUUACGUUAAACAGAAUAAUCGAGGACACUGGCGGCUCUCAGAGAUAGGGGCCAUGACCUCAUACUCCUCAGAGUUAAAACCGAACGGUUUAAACAGGGUUUUUUAAAUAUACGUCUUUUCAGUUUUAUUUCUCAACCUAUUUUUCUCUCGUUGGUCUUAAAUGGAUUUAACUACGCAGUUG